AUGACCACCGAUCAGCAUCACGACGAGAGCGAGCUGCCACCCGCCGGCAACCCCGCCGAUGCAUCGAACAAGGAUGUUCCUCCCGCGAUCGCCGCUUUCGUCGAAAGCUUCUACAAGAUCUCGGACACGCCCGACGUGCACGAACAGUACGCAGACGACUACUACAUUGACGACGAGAGUCGUCUGAGCUUCCAAAUCGGACCAAUGCAACCGACCAACAAGCGCGACGGCAUUGUUGCUUGGAGACAAAAGGGAUGGGAAGGUGUGACGCGUCGCAAGCACGUCGUCAAUGGUGUUUUCAUCAGUCCAAAGUGGGAGAACGAGAUCAUGUUAGACGGCACCGUCGAGAUGGACAAGAACGGCUCGACGCUCAGGUUCAAUUGGGCCGGAAGAAUGGUGUUUGAUCAGAAGAGUCUGGACGACGGCUCGCCAAAGAUCGAGACCUACAAGGUGUGGCUGCCCCACACCGAGGUGACAGCCUUCGGACUGAUUCCCACGGACCACCCUGUUGGUCGGUUAGUUGCAGGGCCCACUCUUGUCGGACAUCGGGCUUUCCGAAGCUUCGCGCGGCGGACGAGAUGCGCCGAGCCCGGACCCUUUCCGGGAGAGUGUGUUGCCGCUAAGGCCAAUGCAACGCACCUCUUCAACGAACGUAUAAAGAGGAGGGGGCAGUUCCGACUGCACUCGUCCUUCGAAGAAUCAUCUGCAUUCGCUAUACGAGCCUCUCGCCCUGACCAACUCUGCGAAGCCAUCAUCGUUGCCAAGAUGUCGCUCAUUGCUCUGGAAGAAGCCUUCAACAUCCCUUCUCUGGCGGAACAGUCAGCGUACCAGGCCAGACUGUUUGUCGCCGACGGUAACGGACAAGCCCAUGCCGAUCGUCUCGUUGACAUCCACGGCGAGCGUCUGGCAAAGAUGGACCAACAUGGUGUCGCACACACCAUACUCUCCUUGACCGCACCCGGUAUCCAAGACUUUGACGAGCCCAAGGCGGCUGCUGCAGCGGCCAAGGAGGUCAACGACUGGGUGCACCAGCAAGUCCAGCAGAAUCCCAAACGCUUCAGCGCCUUUGCUUCGCUCUCGAUGCACAACCCCAAGGACGCCAGCGACGAGCUUAGACGCUGCGUCAAGGAGCUCGGCUUCGUAGGUGCCCUUGUCAACGAUAAUCAGCGUCUUCCCAACGACGAGGCGGCAUGGUACGACCAACCCGAGUGGGAUUCGUUCUGGACGACCGUGACAGAGCUGGACGUGCCCUUCUACCUGCAUCCCAUCGCACCCAAGGGUGAGAUUCAUCGCAGAAUCUACAAGGAUCGCGCUGCUCUCAUCGGUCCUGUGCUGUCUUUUGCCAACAACGUGUCUGCGCACCUGCUCGGAAUGAUUGUCAACGGUGUCUUUGACCGCCACCCUAAGCUCAAGAUCAUCGUUGGGCACCUCGGCGAGCACAUCCCAUUCGACUUGUGGCGAAUCAACCAUUGGCUCGAAGAUGUGCACAAGCCUCGCGGUGCCGUCUCCAUGCAAAAGACGAUUCGCGACUACUUCAACGAGAACAUCUGGGUGACCACCUCGGGACACUUUUCGACGCUUACGCUCAAGUACGUCCAGGACGAGAUCGGCAUCGACCGUAUCCUGUUCUCUAUCGACUAUCCAUACGAGAAGUUUGAAGAUGCGUGCAACUGGUUCAAAACGCUGGACGGCAAGUUCUCCGCCGAGGAUCUCGCCAAGAUCAGCCACGAAAACUCGCAAAAGCUCUUCCCUCACCUUCGCUCCUGA